GUUGGCAGGUGUGUCGAGAUCAUCGCGAAGGAGGGUCGGAGUCUGAAGGAGCUCUAUCUGGUGUCCUGCAAGAUCACAGAUCACGCUCUGAUCUCCAUCGGUCAGUACAGCAGCACGAUUGAGACGGUGGACGCCGGCUGGUGUAAGGAGAUCACUGAUCAGGGAGCCACUCAGAUCGCCAGGAGCAGCAAGUCUCUGCGGUACCUGGGUCUGAUGCGCUGUGACAAGGUGAACGAGGAGACGGUGGAGAGACUGGUGCUGCAGUAUCCACACAUUGUGUUCAGUACAGUGAUGCAGGACUGUAAGCGGACGCUGGAACGAGCCUAUCAGAUGGGCUGGAGCCCCAACACGUCCACGGCCUCCUAACACACACACACACACACACGCAUCACUGCAGAAUCAUUAUCCUUACUAUGCCGUUUAUUCCACCUUCCAACAUUAUGCACCAUGGACAUCAAUAUUAUUUGAUGUAUUUGAUUUUUGAACAUGCACACAUGAUCCUGGCAUGCAGCGCUGCAUUUAUUUGCAUUACAACCUCCUGAAUCACACUUAACCCACAAGGAGCUUAGACUUGACUCUUAAAUCACUAGAAAGAAAGAAGACAUUUUGCAUGAGGAAAAAAGUACACAAGAAGUUUCCCUGCAGACAUUGGUCUUUUCUGAUUGUUUGUUUUCCUCAUUAUCGUCAGACGUGAUUUUCAAUAGAUUUACUGCAGAACAAGGGACAUUUCUGUCAUUUUGAAUAAAAAGAAGCAUAAAAUAAAUACGGUGCACUUGCAACUAUGAUGCAGAAAUACUACUAUAUUAGAUAAUAUUAUUAUUAUGCUGAAAAAUAUAUAUUUUGAUCAUUAUUUGUACUUGUUUUUACAGUACAAAUAUCUAAACAAGUCGAGAUACAGUACGUUUACUUCAAAAGCUAAAUUACUUAAGAUAAUAAGUUAUAUGCAAAAACAAAACAAAAAAAAAAAUGAAAUUUAUACUUGAAACAAGAAAAAAUAACUUCCACGUAAAAAUAAAAGAAAAAAUUGCGUUAAAAGAGUUACAAAAAUAAUAAUUCGGACCCCUUUGGCAGAUAUUUGUUCUUGUUUCAAUGCAGUUUUUCAGAAAAACUAAGGACUUUUUUUUUUUUUUUUUUUUUAAGCCAGUGUAUCUUGAUUUGGUUAAUGUUUAGGUAUUUUUAUCGAAAAGCAAGACAAUUUUUUUUUUUUUUUUGUGAUUCAUUUUUUGCAGUGCAUUGCAUAGCAUCAUUAAAAUAUUUUAGAAUCAAUGUGUAUUUAAUUAAUAUUUACAAUAAUGCUGCAAUGCAAAAAAAGCAAAAUUAGGUUUCAUUUUCUUCAUGCAAAGUAUAUUUCUGUAUCUCUUUCUUGUUAUUUAGGGGUAAGUUGUGGCGUCUGUCAGGUCUGUUCCUGAGCGGUUCAGUGUGAUUCUCUUCAGAUUUCAGUUAGUUUGUCGUUUCUCUUGCAUCCGAGUUCAUUUAGACACACAUUAGACUUUAUUUGGUUCCCUUCCUCGUACGAGACGAACCCUGACGCUCUGUGAUGUAGAUGUAGACGUGAAGACGCAGGACUGUGUUCGCUCCUGUGAAUCUGUAACCCUGUGGUUUAGGUAUAUGCACCGUUUGUAUUUGACCUGACCUGUGAGUAUUUGUGUGCGGAGGUUAGUUAGUUCACUCCUCUUCUCCUCUUCUUCUGCGCUUGCCUCGUUCAGACGAGCUGGGCAUUUUUUCUAUUCUGUCGUAGGAGGAAGAGUUUAGUUACAGCCUUGAUCUUUUACUGUACGGGGAUCUGAGUCUAUUAAAAAACACACUUCUACUUCA